UGGGUUUGUCAAUCUGCAGCGCGGGAGUUUGUGUGUAUGUAUAUGUGUGUAUGUGUGUGUAUUGGGUUGGAUGUUGGACCCCCGCUUCUGGUUCUGUCAUUUAACUAUUAGUCUUUAAAGUCAGUCAUCGAGUGAAGGAAGAGUUUUGAAGACAACAUGCAGCGCAGCAUCGCAUCCUUCUUUCAGCCCAAGAGCAACAACAACAAGGAGGUUCAGAAGAAAUCUGCAGAUGAACCAGUGACAAAACCUGCCAAAAGCCCUCUCAAGGUGCAGAACGGUGUCCAGGAGGCUGAUUCGCCCAUCAAGAAGGUUGCCAAACGUAGCCGUCAGCUCCUGGACAGCGACGACGAUGAAGCGCCCGUCGUUAAAGAACAGGUCGUCGCCAAGGGACAAGGGGACAAGGAAGCUGUUGGAAAAACAGAGAAGAAGGAUGACGUGUUUAAGGCAGUUCCCACCCCCCUGUCUCCUCCACCUGCCCCAGCCACCCCUGUAACCCCUGCCACUCCAGCCACCCCAGCCUCUUCGGCUUCACCUGGGACCCCCAGCACCCCAAACUCCAUCUCCCCCUCUGGGAUUGCUAAACGCAAGACUGCGAGGAAGAUGUUCCCAAAGAGGAAGCUCGACGAGAGCAGGAGCGGCAGUGAGAGUCAGAAAGAGGAGGCCGAGGCCCAGGAGGAGCAGGGUCAGCGGAAGAAACGACCCCGCGUGGAGAGCAGUGCCAGCAGCCCAGGGAACCCCGAUGAACCCAUGGAGGAGGGAGCAAAGGAAGAAAGAGUUGAAAAGGCAGUGACCGAGGCUAACAGCCCAGAUGAGGAGGUGGAGAAUGAGAAGAAAGGGGAAGGAGAGGAGGAGGAGGAGCAGGAGGAGCAGGUGGAGACAAAGAGCUCUGAUGAGAAGGAAAAGAAAGCUGAGGGGGCGGUAAAGAAAAAUGAAGCAAAGGAGAAGACGGAUGAUGAGAAAGGGCCUGCCGUUGCCAAGAAGAAAGAGGUGGUUGAAAAGGACACGCGAGAUGGAGAAGAGAGCCCAAAAAGUCAAACAGCGAAAAAACAGAAAGAAGCAAAAGAGCAGAAAGAUAAGGAGCCGCCCAAGAAAGCCCCCAUCAGCAGUUUCUUUGCUCCCAGGAAAGCUGCAGUGAAGACAGAGAAAUUAGAGAAGGAUGAAGGAGAGAAAAAGACGAGUGCAGAGAGGAAGACGUCAGCUGAGGAGAGCAAAGACACGAAAGGUGAGUCAACCUCAAGUCAAACGGAGUACAAUCCGUCCAGGCCCAACUACCACCCAGUUGACCACGCCUGCUGGAAACAGGGCCAAAAAGUGCCGUACUUGGCGGUGGCUCGUACCUUUGAGAAGAUUGAAGAGGACUCUGGCAGGCUGAGAAACAUCGAGACACUGUCGAACCUGUUUCGCUCCGUGCUGCUGCUCUCUCCAGAUGACCUGCUGUGCUGUGUGUACCUGUGUUUGAACCAGCUGGGUCCUGCCCACCUGGGGAUGGAGCUUGGCGUUGGAGAGACGGUGCUGAUGAAAGCUGUUGCUCAAGCAACUGGGCGACAAUUGGACAAAAUCAAGGCAGAGGCGCAGGAGAAAGGAGAUCUGGGCCUUGUGGCCGAGAGUUCCCGUAGCAACCAGCGCAUGAUGUUCCAACCGGCCAGUCUGACAGCAGGGGGCGUGUUCAGAAAAUUGAAGGAAAUUGCCAGCAUGAGUGGGAACUCGGCCAUGAAUAAGAAAAUCGACAUCAUCAAAGGCCUCUUUGUGGCAUGCCGCUUUUCCGAGGCCCGCUACAUAGUCAGGUCCCUGGCUGGGAAACUGAGGAUAGGCCUGGCUGAGCAGAGUGUCCUAUCAGCACUAAGCCAGGCUGUGUGCCUGACCCCUCCUGGACAAGUUUUCCCUCCCGCUGUGAUCGACGCAGGGAAGGGGAUGAGCGCUGAGAGCAGGCGGGCCUGGAUCGAAGAGAAGAGUCUCAUUCUCAAACAGACUUACUGCGAGAUGCCCAAUUAUGACGUUAUUAUCCCGGUUCUGCUAAAAGAGGGCAUAGACCAGCUUCCCAAUCACUGCAAGCUCACUCCAGGCGUACCGCUGAGACCCAUGUUGGCUCACCCCACCAAGGGUGUCGGCGAGGUGAUGAAGAAGUUUGACGAGGCGACGUUCACUUGCGAGUACAAAUACGAUGGAGAGCGAGCACAGAUUCACAUUCUGGAGAGUGGCGAGGUUCGAAUAUUCAGCCGCAACCAGGAAGACAACACCACCAAAUACCCUGAUAUCAUCUCUCGCAUUCCCAAGGUGAAGAAGGACUCUGUGGUAUCCUGCGUCCUGGACUCGGAGGCGGUGGCCUGGGAUCGUGAGAAGAAACAGAUCCAGCCCUUCCAGGUCCUCACCACCCGUAAGAGAAAGGACGUGGAUGCCUCAGAGAUCAAAGUCCAAGUGUGUGUGUACGCCUUUGACCUGCUGUAUCUCAACGGCGAGUCCCUGGUGCGACAGCCGUUGUGUCGGCGUCGGGCUCUGCUGAAAGAAAGCUUCUCCGAGGUAGAGGGAGAGUUUGUCUUCGCCCGAUCCAUCGACUCCGACAACACCGACACCAUCGCCGAGUUCCUGGAGCAGUCUGUCCGAGACUCCUGUGAGGGCCUGAUGGUGAAGACUCUGGAGAAGGAUGCCACCUAUGAAAUAGCCAAGCGCUCUCAUAACUGGCUCAAGCUGAAGAAGGAGGUGUCCUUGGACGACCACAAAAUAAGUCUGGAUGAUCUGGGAAAACGCUAUGGAGUGGACCUCGCACGGGGUCUGACCAGCGCCAGAGCUGUGGAGAUUCUGGCCAGGGAUGGUCCAAACGCCCUAACCCCUCCCCCCACCACCCCUGAGUGGGUCAAGUUCUGUCGUCAGCUGUUCGGCGGCUUCUCCAUCCUGCUCUGGAUUGGUGCCAUCCUCUGUUUCCUGGCCUACAGCAUCCAGGUGGCCACGGAGGACGAGGCACCCAAUGACAAUUUGUAUCUGGGCGUGGUGCUGUCAGCCGUGGUCAUCAUCACAGGUUGCUUCUCCUACUUCCAAGAGGCCAAGAGCUCCCGAAUCAUGGACUCCUUCAAGAAAAUGGUGCCACAGCAAGCGUUGGUGAUCCGGGAGGGGGAGAAGAUGCAUAUCAAUGCUGAGCUUGUGGUGCAGGGAGAUCUGGUGGAGAUCAAAGGGGGAGACCGCAUCCCAGCUGACCUUCGAGUGAUCUCCGCCAGCGGAUGCAAGGUGGACAAUUCCUCUCUGACGGGAGAAUCUGAGCCUCAGACUCGCUCCCCGGAGUUCACACACGACAAUCCCCUGGAGACCCGCAACAUCUGUUUCUUUUCCACCAACUGUGUCGAGGGUACCGCCCAUGGCAUUGUGAUAGGCACCGGUGACCGAACAGUGAUGGGUCGCAUCGCAACGCUUGCAUCAGGGCUUGAAGUCCGCCGUACGCCCAUCAACAUAGAGAUCGAACAUUUCAUCCACAUCAUCACGGGCGUGGCUGUCUUCCUUGGCGUGAGCUUCUUCAUCCUGUCACUCAUCCUGGGCUACACCUGGCUGGAGGCCGUCAUCUUCCUCAUUGGCAUUAUUGUGGCAAAUGUGCCUGAGGGACUGCUGGCUACUGUCACUGUGUGUCUGACUCUCACUGCCAAACGAAUGGCCAAGAAGAACUGUCUGGUGAAGAACCUGGAGGCCGUAGAGACUCUCGGCUCCACCUCCACCAUCUGCUCCGACAAGACGGGCACGCUGACCCAGAACCGCAUGACCGUGGCCCACAUGUGGUUCGACAACCAGAUCCACGAGGCUGACACCACCGAGGACCAGACUGGUUUGGGUUUUGACAAGAGCUCUGCUACUUGGACUGCUCUGUCUCGCGUGGCCGGCCUGUGCAACAGAGCUGAUUUCAAAGCCGGACAGGAGAACUUUCCCGUUGUGAUGAGGGAGACAGCGGGGGACGCAUCAGAGUCAGCUCUGUUGAAAUGCAUCGAGCUGUGCUGUGGGAGUGUUCGUGACAUGAGAGCCAGAAACCCCAAAGUGACAGAGAUCCCCUUCAACUCCACCAACAAGUACCAGCUCUCUGUCCAUGAAGUGGAGGAAAAUCCCUCUGGUCAUAUUCUGGUCAUGAAGGGAGCGCCAGAGAGAAUCUUGGACAGGUGCAGUACCAUUAUGAUCCAUGGCCAGGAGCAUCCGCUUGAUGAAAGCUGGAGAGACGCUUUCCAGAAUGCCUACAUGGAGCUGGGAGGACUGGGAGAGAGAGUACUUGGCUUUUGCCACUUGAAUCUGUCUUCAUCCCAGUUCCCUCGAGGAUUCACCUUCGACAGCGAAGACACGAACUUCCCCACCGAACAGCUCUGCUUCCUGGGUCUCAUCUCCAUGAUUGAUCCACCGCGUGCCGCUGUGCCUGACGCAGUGGGUAAAUGCCGCUCUGCUGGUAUCAAGGUGAUCAUGGUAACAGGGGACCACCCAAUCACAGCCAAGGCCAUCGCUAAAGGUGUGGGCAUCAUCUCUGAGGGCAACGAGACGGUCGAGGACAUCGCCGAGAGACUGAACAUCCCGCUGAGCCAAGUUAACCCCAGGGAUGCUAAAGCUUGUGUGGUGCACGGCUCAGACCUAAAGGACAUGAGCUGCGAGUACCUGGACGACCUGCUGAGGAACCACACUGAGAUAGUGUUUGCUCGCACCUCUCCUCAGCAGAAGCUCAUCAUAGUGGAGGGCUGCCAGAGACAGGGGGCGAUCGUGGCUGUGACGGGCGACGGUGUGAACGACUCCCCAGCCCUGAAGAAAGCCGACAUAGGGGUUGCCAUGGGGAUCGCCGGCUCUGAUGUGUCCAAGCAGGCGGCUGACAUGAUCCUGCUGGAUGACAACUUCGCCUCCAUCGUCACCGGAGUAGAAGAAGGUCGUCUCAUCUUUGACAACUUGAAGAAGUCCAUUGCGUACACACUGACCAGUAACAUCCCAGAGAUCUCGCCCUUCCUCGUCUUCAUCCUUGCCAGCGUUCCUCUUCCACUCGGAACUGUCACCAUCCUCUGCAUCGACCUGGGCACUGACAUGGUUCCAGCUAUCUCAUUGGCUUACGAGACGGCUGAGAGCGACAUCAUGAAACGUCAACCAAGGAACCCCAAAUGCGACAAGCUGGUGAAUGAACGCCUCAUCAGCAUGGCCUACGGACAGAUAGGGAUGAUUCAGGCUCUUGCUGGUUUUUUCACCUACUUUGUGAUUUUGGCUGAGAACGGCUUCCUCCCAUGGACCCUGAUUGGCAUCCGCAUCAACUGGGACGACCGUGAGCUCAACGACCUGCAGGACAGCUAUGGGCAGCAGUGGACCUACGAGCAGAGGAAGAUCAUUGAAUUCACCUGCCACACCAGCUUCUUUGCCAGCAUCGUGGUUGUCCAGUGGGCCGAUCUUAUCAUCUGCAAGACCAGAAGGAACUCCCUCUUUCAGCAGGGAAUGAGGAACAGGAUCCUGAUCUUCGGUUUGUUUGCUGAGACUGCUCUGGCUGCCUUCCUCUCCUACUGCCCUGGAAUGGACAUUGCCCUGCGCAUGUACCCACUGAAGACCCUGUGGUGGUUCUGUGCCUUCCCAUACAGUCUUCUCAUCUUCAUUUAUGAUGAGGCCCGUAAAUUCAUUCUGAGGAGGAGCCCUGGAGGUUGGGUGGAGCAGGAGACAUAUUAUUAACAUUCAGAAAUUGUCAGUUUGAAUUUCGUGUGUGUGUUUGUGUGCGCCUGUGAGGGUAGAACUGUGUGUGUGUGUGUGUGCGUGUGUGUGUGUGUCUGUCUGUCUGUCUGUCUGUCUGUCUGUCUAUCUGUUGUAAUAUUGCAUGGAUCAGUUCACAAAUCUGAUUAUCAUAAAAAGUGACUGCUGAAAAUAAGCUUUUGAUUGUGCUUUGAGUUUUUCCUUUUUGUUUUCUCAGAAAACAUUUCCAGCAGAACAAUGGUAAUGUACACCUAUGUGCCUUACAUAAACUGUUACCAAAGUGAUGUAUUGUGGCCAAUUUGGCUAUAGAGGAAUACCAAAUGUCGUUCAUCAUGUGAAAUGUACCAAAUAAAAAUGUAUUCCAAAAAUA